UAUCAUGUUCUCAUGUUUUCACUUUUCAAACUUUUCUAAGUUACUUAAUCAGUUUGAAUGAACUUUAUCACCAACUAAUUAACCAACGAAAAACAAUUAGUAAUCAUCCCUUGAGUUUAUCCAUAAUCAAUGUAAUCAAAUCUUGCUUUCCCUCCUCCUUGUAAUCAAUUGAAACCCAAUGAUGAUUAUCAUCAAAACUAUGAUAAUUGUUGAUUGAUAAAAGGUUAACUUUACCAACUAUUAAUAUAACAACAACAACGUAACCAAAUCAAGAUCAAGUUAAUUAAUUAAUCAAAGUUUAAUUUAUCUUUCAUUCAUUAUAAUUAAAAUGUUACAAAGUGCUCAUUUGAUUGUUUGCUCAUCUACUCAUUAAUUACACUCAACUGUUGGUUAAACAGACUCACAAUUUGUGCUCAGUUAAUUGUCAACAAUUAAAGUGAAAAAAAAGUUCUGAAUCCUUACUCAUCACCUCUCAUCAUCAUCAUCAUCAUCAUCAUCAUGAAUAUUGAAAUAAAACCAACAACAACCAACCGAAACCUGAUAACUUUGAUUACUUUUGUUAAAAUCAUUAAUUAUUACUAUUUAAUCAAUCAUAAUUUAACAUUUGUUAACAUCAACAAUCAAGAUAACAACAAAAGUUACAAAAAUUUUAAUAUCAAUCAAAUUGAUCAUCUCAUGAUUUGAAUACAAAACUAAUUAUAUUACAUGAUGAUCAUGAUGAUAAUGUUGUUGUACCACAAUGACACUUGAUUACCAUUGAUAAUCAACAUUUACCAUUCAAAUUAAUAUAUUAACCCAUUGGAAUAGGAAACCAUCAAUUGAAUAACAGUUAAAUUAAUCACCAACAAUCAACCUGCAAAGCAAAACAAGAAAAUCAAACCAAAUCAAAUUAAAUUUCACCAAUCGUCAUCCGUCAUGAUCUAAUUUGCUUAUUUCUGAUUCUAUGUUAACAUUUCCACACCACUUAAUCAAUAUCACCCACCGAGAUCCUAAUCUUCAUCAUCUUAAUCACAAUUAUUACAUGAAAGUGCCAAUUGAAUUUCAAUGUUAUUCAGAUAAGUUUCAUUUCCUAGUCUGUUAUCAUUUCUCAUCAUAAUUACUACACUUUCCUACUUAUCACCUUUUCCUGUGUUUGUGUUGAUUGUUGUGAUUAAGUGUUUCAAUUUUUUUUGUUCAGUUUCAUGUAUAAUUAAUGAUUCGUAUUGAAUAAUUAAAGGGUUUACAUGGUGUUCACAUGAUGACUUUGAAUCAAAUUUGCACAAUAUUGUCACUUGUUGCAAUAUUUGCAACGGUUUUCCUAUUACCUUUACUAUUAUUGUUUGGUGAAGAUGUUGCUAAAAUUGAAAGGCAAUACAGUGAAUAUAAUUUUGAUCCUUUCUCAGAUUCAUCUGAUUCACCAGAAUCAACAGUUAAUCACAAUAAUUCACAUGAAACAUUAUCAUCACCAUCAUCGUCAUCUAAAAAAUCAAAUGAAUCAACAACAUUAGCUUGUGCAAAUAUCUAUGAUUUCCCAUGUUAUCAAUCAUUUGAUGAGGAUAAUCAAGUAAUCUGUCUGAAUCGUGAUUAUCAAUGUAAUAAAAUUGCUGAUUGUCCUAAUGGUGAGGACGAAGAGGAAUGUCAUGAUCUCUAUGGAGCUCUUGAUCAACAUUUUGCUAAUCAAGCGGACAAGAUGAAAUAUCUCAAUGUAACAAUUAAAUCUCAGCCACAAUUUAUUCAUAACAAUUGUACUUUAAGUGACAUCUAUCAAAGUGUCUGUCCAUGUAUCCUCAAUGAUAGUACUCGAAUCUUGUGUCCGAACCAUAAUUUCAACCAGAUACCUGAUAAUCUAUCGUUAACUAUAACAGUUCUAAAUCUGGACAAUGGUUCUAUUGAGGCAAUUGAUUCUGAUAUACUUUCCAAAUAUCAAAACUUGACAACACUUUCAUUGAAAAAUAAUCAACUAACAACAAUUGAAUCAACAACAUUUGAGAACUUAAUUCAUUUGAAAAGACUAUACCUCAUUGGAAAUCAGAUUAAUCAUAUCGAUGAAAAUGCUUUCCACAAAUUAACUAAUCUUAAAUUCUUGGAACUUCAUACAAAUCGGCUGGAGACAAUAGAUGCUGCUCUUUUAUUCAAAGGAUUGUCAAAACUCGAGACCCUAUACUUGGAAUUCAAUCAAUUGCGAUCCAUAGGAAUCUUUCCUCAUCUCAAUUCAUUAAGAUGGAUUGAUUUGAGUAACAAUCAAUUAACUGAAAUUCAAUCAAUUUUUCAAAAUCUCGAUCAUCUUGAAAUACUAAAUUUAAGUUCUAAUAAACUGAAGAGAUUACCAGCUGAUGCAUUCCACUUUAAUAAGAGGUUAAUUCACUUGGAGGUUCCUCUUAAUCAAAUCGAUUCCAUUGAUGUGACAACUUUUCACAAUCUUCGAGAUUUGAGAAAAUUGAAUUUAAGUUACAAUCCAUUGACAACUUUACCUCGACAUGUUUUCAAAGAGUCACGAGAGUUACAAUCAAUUGACUUGACAGGAAUCGAGAUACGAAAUAUUCACCCAGAUCACUUUAAUCGAACCUUUAACCUUCGUCAUGUAUACUUUUCCAAGUUCAGAUAUUGUAUGUACGCUCCUCGAGUCCGUGUUUGCCGACCUUUCAGUGACGGAGUCUCUUCGGUGAAACAUUUACUUCUCUAUCCGAUUCUGAGAAUGUUUGUCUGGAUCGUGGCCGGAAUUACCUGUGCAGGUAACACACUGGUUCUCGUCUGGAGAUCGUUAGCCAAGAAAGAGCAUCAAUCACUUUCACUUUUGGUUAAAAAUUUGGCGAUUGCUGAUCUGAUGAUGGGACUUUAUCUGGUUGUUAUCGGUUCGUACGAUCAAGCAUUUCGAGAAAAGUACAAUAAUUAUGCUCUACAAUGGAUGCACUCAUGGAAAUGCAAUUUCUGCGGUUUCCUGGCCACUCUUUCAUCUGAACUUUCAAUUUUCAUCGUUCUCAUGAUAACAAUUGAAAGAUAUCGAAGUAUAACAAUGACCUGUCGUCUUGUUACCCUUCGUUGGACAGCGACCAUAUUACUUAUUAUCUGGAUAAUUUCAUUGGCGAUCUCAGUUUUCCCCAUAUUAUAUUGGUCUGAUCCGGAAGAUCCGCUUUACUAUGCUUCGAAUGGCGUUUGUUUCCCGCUCCAUCUUGAAGAUCCCUUCAUGUUUGGCUGGCAAUUUUCAACGUUCAUCUUUCUUGGCAUCAAUUUACCAGUAAUCGUGAUCAUCAUCGGUUUAUACACUCGAUUAUUUCUCAUAAUCAAACGUGAUCGACGAUUAACUCGACCUGCAUUAUUGGGUAAAGAUGAACAUGAAGAUGUGAUUCUUGCCUUUCGUUUCUUUUGCAUAGUGGUAACUGAUUGUCUCUGUUGGGUUCCAAUUGUUUCAAUCAAAAUCGUAUCAUUUACUUACAUCUAUAUAUCUCCAAAGGUAUACGCUUGGUUGGUGGUAUUCAUAUUGCCCAUUAACAGUGCCUUGAAUCCAAUGAUAUAUACGAUUGCGGCUCCAACUGGUUUCCGUCGAAAGGCCAAUAAAUAUAUUCGGCAAGCUCGAAGAUAUUUAGGUCCAAUGAUCGGCUAUAAGAAUUCAAACUCAGAUCGAGGUUGUCGCGAUCAUUACUCUUCCUCGGUUCCAUCUAACGGAACAAACAGUUCCCUUGAUCAUACUCGAUCAUCUAAUUGUUCGGUUCUCUCAAUGGCUGCAGUUAAUUCACUUACCACUAAAACCAAUGGAAUAAUCAACACCAAUGGAUUGACAAACGAGAAAGAAUUGAAUAAAAUGAACAAUAAAUCAACUAAAUAGAGAAACAAAAACAAAGAAAAGUUCAAUAUUAUCAAUCAACAGAAAACAGAAUCAAUCAUUUUAACCUUCCGGCAAAAACUUCAAUGUUGUUCAAUUGUUUUUCCUCUUUGUUUUUACCUGUUGUUUUGGUAUCACCUUGUAUCUUAUAUUUAUAUAUAAAUAUACAUGUAAUUCUGUGAUUAUUAUACAUCAUGUCCCAAUCCCACCUCUUCAGCCUCCCACCAUCCACUCUGAUCAAUCAGCGACUUAAGAUUUUGUAAAAAGUGUAACUUUGUACCUCGACUUUGACGUUUUCGUAACUUGAACCUUUCGUUUUGUUUUUUUUUAAAAUAACGAAAAACUUUAAUUCUGAUUUCAUGCUGAUUCUGAGAUGUUAAAUAUUGAUUAUAAUUAAAAAAUAAUAUAUAUAAAAAAA